ACUUUUCAACAACCACCCUUCACCGUGCACUCCUAUCAUCGCCACAAUGCGCCUGUCGGGACUCCAAAAAGAGGUACUUUCCCUGUACCGACAAUGUGUCCGCGAAUGUCGCAAAAAGCCCGAGGCAAGCCGCAAGCAUUUUCAGGUCUUUGCGAGGAAUGAGUUCGAAAAGAACAUGGGAAUUGAUAAACGAGACUUCGGCGCGGUUGAGUUUUUAUUGCGAAAAGGCCGCCGACAACUCGAGAUCUACUCGUCUCCUGGAGUUAAGGACAUCAAAUGAGCUCCCGACUGCUCCUUCCAAUGCAGGCGCCGCUGUAGGCGGCAUUCCGGGAAGGGAUAAUGGGAGUCAAAAUAGCCCAUUGCACCUUCUUGCUCCGGAGUACCCUGUUCGCCCAUUGGAGACCUUGCCACUCUACGCCUUCCAGCUUCUCUCAUCACAACUCCCGGGUUGCCGCGGCUUUUCCGGAUCACCUCGGUCAUGUCCCGUAAACCAUCCCACCGGCGCCGGUUCGACAUCCUUUUGAGGGUACUAGUAACACAUACGGACACACUCCCGGCCCCGGUGCGUCACCGGACGGGCACCUUGUCAUUCCAGAUGCAAAGGCUGAGAACGGGCAUUCGGGGCAUUCGAAGCACGCCAGCGAGGUUCUCGAAACCGCACCCGAGGCAACCCCCUGAUUCCGAUGCAUUUGAUGGGGGCAAGAGAGGGGACCGUGGCAACGCAAAAUAUGCCGCCGAUGCUGAUGCGGGCUCAACUUGCUGUUGCUGUGCCUAGAGAAUCUUUCUCCUGCUCAUCGACCGUGCCAUCGGGAAAAACCACUAAAGCCCUUGGGCUGGAGUCUGCCGAGACAUCGACCCAACUCACGCUCACAAUCUCGACGUCAGAGAUAGCCCUCAGCGGUGUUUUGUCUGCGCUCAGCGAUAUGGAAGAUAUGCGGCAACAGAAUGGAGUCUCGAAGAAGAACAACGCGCUGUUACGAUGAGGAAGCGGAUAGCGGAAGUCGCAAGUCACUACCUGAAAUGGCCGAGAGCCAUAUUAGACGUAGGCUCUGCGCCGUUGACCUUUAAGGGGGCAGCAGAGGCAGGGGUUCAGGGUGUUGGUGGAUUCCGUCGAAACGGCAUCACUCAAGGACGACUGACACGAACGGCCGCGGGGCCCUCAGGGACUAAGGGCCAUAUAUACGGCCUACCCUUGGGCCAGAUGUUGGCGCAUUUGAAGGCCUUUGUACCACUGUAUGAAUUUGUCUCAGGGGUUGAGGUAGUGGUGGCCGAAACAGCAUUGAAGAGGGGUCAGGCGAUCCAAGUCGACGACGAUCGCGGAGGGGAUUACCACUUCCAGAUGUUACCCGAGUUGGUUAUCGCCAGUGUCACUCACACGCUACUCAACUCACACAUCGUAAUGUAUCGGGGAC